AUGGAAGAGAUUGGCAGCUCUGAAGUGACAAGAUCAUUAAGGGACAUACCACCAUCUCACUACAUUUUCAAGAUUGAGCCAUUCUCACAACUCUCAAAAGCACUGUUAGAUACUGAAGUGCAGAGUUAUGAAUCUGACAUUUUUGAAGCCAGUGGCUACAAAUGGAGAUUAUCUCUCUACCCAAAUGGUGAUGAAAAAAGAAAUGGGAAAGGUUACAUCUCUCUGUACUUGGUAAUUGCAGAGACAAGUAAAUUACCUCUUGGUUGGGAAGUCAAUGUGAACUUUAAAUUGUUUGUCUAUAAUCAAAUUCAAGACAAGUACUUAACCAUCCAAGAUACCAAUGGGAAGGUAAAUCGCUUUCAUGGGAUGACAACGGAGUGGGGUUUUCCUCAGUUGCUUUCACUUAGUACCUUCAGUGAUCCUUCUAAUGGAUACCUCGUUCUUGACAAAUGCAUGUUUGGAGCAGAAGUUUUUGUUUUGAAUUAUAGUGGCGGAGCUGAGUUUCUGAGUUUUAAGGAACUUGACAUUAUUCACACUUGGAAGAUUGAAAAAUUUUCAUCUCUGGUUGAUAAAUUUAUUACCUCUGAUGUCUUCACUGCUGAAAGUUGCAAGUGGAUAUUAUGUCUCUAUCCCAAAGGAUCGUCAGAAGAAAAGGACAAGUACCUCUCUCUUUAUUUACGGUUAUAUAAUGGUGAAGAGUUUCCUCCAGAACGAAAAUUAUAUGCACAUUACAGCUUGUGCAUAAGGAACCAACACAAUGGCAAGCAUAAGAAAUUUACAGGUGGCAGCUGGUUCAGUGCUACUUCACAUUUCGGUUAUGGUGACAGUACAUUAUUUUCGCUAACUGAUCUCCGUGAUUCCUCCAAGGGAUUCCUCGUCAAUGACACUUUAAUUGUCGAGUGCAAAGUUAUUGUUGUCUCCGAAUCAGCUGAAGCUGUUCUGGUUAUAUCCAUUGUUAUAGUUGAAAUUCUAAGAAACUAG